GGCACAUCGUGUGUUGACGCCACAGCGUAAUUUCAUUGUCAUGAUCCAAAGUCCAACUGUUGCAACAACAUGCAGCAACUUCAACUAUGGAAAGGACUGGAAAGGAAUUAUCGGGAUAAGGAUUUGAAACUAUGGGCUCAGUACUCAUGACUGAUACUCACCUGAACAGAGACUGAUCUACUGUGGCCACAGGAUGGCAAAAAGUGUAAUGCUGGCCUAUGCCCUGUGGGCAGUAGGUGGACCUUUGGGCCUUCACCAUUUAUAUUUAGGAAGAGACAGCCAUGCUCUGUUAUGGAUGCUAACCCUGGGAGGGUUUGGGUUUGGCUGGGCCAGAGAGGUCAUACGUAUCCCUGCUUAUGUUGGUGAGGCCAAUCAAGAUGCAGAGCGAGAGAGAAAGAGACGGCUCGCCAUGGUCCCUCCGCCCGUAAGCCCCGUCAGAUUUGCUGGUCAGGUGUGUGUUGGGAUCUACUUUGGCACUGUAGCUCUGAUAGGACUGAACUCCCUCAGUUUCUUCUACUUGAUCGUUCUGCCUUUAUGUGUGGGUGCCGGGGUACAUCUGGUGUCCAGUGUUGGCCAACAGACAUCUGACCUCCAAAAAACUUUGACUGCCUGUCUCAUAACCUCCCCAGUGUUCUAUGGCAGCACCUUGUCACCUCUCCCUAUUAGCCUGGCAGCCAGUGUCACUGCUGCACAGCACCGCAGGUUUAAAACCCCACAGACGCCUCAGAGCACCGAGGAACUGGGUCCACGGCUUUACAGACUUGGACUAGCUUGGCUGGCCUUCUCUGCUCCGCUGGGUUACUGUAUUUUCCAUAACACCACAGCCACGCUGUACUAUCUGUCUGACUGUGUAGCAGCACUGCUGGAUAUUUUCUGGUUUCUGCCUUGGCUCAGAAAUGUGUUGGAGUACAUUCUUUUAAUGCCAUACCGGAUCCUGUGUGUUCUUACUGGAGGGGGGUACUAUGAAGAGGCUUGGAGGAAGGUGCUGGAAACACUGCUCAAAGAGCACAGUGAGAGAGAGAAAGAGGCACUGCAGAUAUUGUCACUGGAAGCGGAGGCCUCUCUUGAGGAAAUAACUCGCAGCUACAGGGAGCUGGCCAAGACCUGGCAUCCAGACCACAACCCCAGGAAAGAUGCUGAGGCAAUGUUUGUGAAGAUCCAAGAGGCUUAUGAGGUCCUUCUACGGCGGCACAAACCCCAUCGAUUCAAAUAGCUGCCCCUUAAUCCAUCGCUGACUGGCCUGAAUAGGUGCAAGGGCAAAGGGAUGUGAGACUCUUUAAUCCUCAUCAUUUUCUAUUGUUCAUGGAGCAUAAAUCCAUAAAUAAAGAGCAUGCACAGGGACUUGCAGUGUGUGGACAUUACCACCUGAUAGAAACAUACUUCCACGUAAGAGUAAGACAGCGUUUUAGCAGCUGUCUGAUUGGUUACUUGGCAGAGUUUGCUGCCACCUUGUGGCACCACAGAUGUAUUAUCACCAUAAACUAUUUCAUCAAAACAAUUUUACUUAUAUUUUAAUGUCUGCUUGCUUGCUAUUAAAAGCUGAACUAACA